UACAUUUUAUUAUUAACAAAAUGCCAGGCUACAAUGCAAUACUCAAGACUUUGUUAGGUCAAUGAGUAAAGUAGUCAAAACAACUGCAGUCAUCGUUAUUAAAUUUCUUUAAAAAAAGUGUGUGUAUAUAUAUAUAUAUAUAUAUACAUAUGUACACAUUAUACAUACAUAUGUGUGUGUGUGUGUGUGUGUGUAUACACAUUUUGUAUGAUCCUUUACAAACGCAAGAAGUAUUAAGUCCAUUCGUUAAUAAUUUUGUUUUAAAAUUAUAAUACAAAAUAUAAUGUAAAACUGCUAAAUGUAAAAUUUCUUGGAGCACUAGCUUUAGAGACGCAAAUUUUAAAUUUAUAAGUCGGGCUAAGAGCCUCCAAUGAAGCCCCCAUUGGUACCUGCGGCCCUGAUACACGUGUAUCUUAUAGUAAGCGCAGAAAGUGUAGAGAACAGUCUCGCAGCUCUCACUAAAUAAAGAUAAUGAGUGAUACGCGAACGUGAAUCAAGUUCCAAAGUGCGCCUUCUCUUUUUGCUUCUUGUGAUAAACGUUCCGCUAGUGAACCAGCCAAGUGAAGAAAUUAUGACGUCCUUGACACAAUUGCCACCGAUAGCGAGGUUGUCCAGCAGGGUGAUCCGGAUCCUAGGUUGUAAUCCUGGCCCGAUGACGUUGCAAGGCACCAACACAUAUCUCGUAGGCACCGGGCACAGACGUGUGCUAAUUGAUUCUGGAGAACCAAAAACGGCUGAGGCUUAUGUAAAACUUCUGGACAGUGUACUAAGCGAGGAGAACGCGACUAUCGAGCACUUGGUGGUCACUCAUUGGCAUAACGAUCACAUUGGUGGAGCGGAACCCGUGCGGAACUUGGUGAAGAAAUUAUUCCCAAUGGAAAAGCAGUUAACCGUAUGGAAAUUGCCACGGGCGCCGAACGAUACAGACAUAUCGGAUCUCGAAAAGUCCGUCCAGUGGGAGCCUCUAAAAAACGAUCAAGUAGUAGAAGUCGAAGGAGCGAAGCUACAAAUCAAAUAUACGCCAGGACACACCAGCGAUCACGCCUGCCUGUUGCUACAAGAUGACAACAUCUUGUUCAGCGGCGACUGCAUCCUCGGGGAAGGCACGUCGGUCUUUGAAGAUCUCCACGAUUACAUGCUGUCGCUGAAUAAGAUCCUGGAGAUGCAGCCCAAAAUGAUUUAUCCAGGGCACGGGCCGGUUCUCGACAAUCCUGUGCCACGGAUACAGUAUUACAUCAAACACAGGCAACAGAGGGAAAACGAAAUUUUAUGGAUGCUGCAGGAACAGGGAAGCGACAAACCAAUGACAGAGAUGGAUAUCGUCAAAAUCAUGUAUAAAGAUACACCUGAAAAACUAUGGCUGGUUGCAGCAUAUACUGUGGGACAUCACCUUCGCAAGUUACAAAAAGAAGGGAAAGUAUUACAAGAAGACGAAGGUGGCUGGUGGAGAAUUAAAGGCAAAAUAUAAAUAUAGAUUAUAUAAAGAAUAUACAAAAUUAGAUAAAA